AAGAGAAACAGAGAUAGAGAGAGGGAGAGAGAGUAAGAGCGAAAUCGUGAGUGUGAGAGACGGAGAAGGACGAAGAGAGGAAGAGAAACGGUGUCGCAUCGCAAGGUGUUUCGGUAUACGGUGCACGAGACGGAGAAACGUUCGUAAGAAGAUCACGAGAGGUUCGGGUCGAAGGAAAAACAAGCAGGCGGGCAGACAGAGAGGCGAAAGACCAAUAAGAGAAAGGGCAAGAAACGCGCGGAUCCAAGAAAAAUCGAGAGAAACGGGCCGAGAAAGAGAGAGAGAGUGAGAGAGAGAAGAAGAAGAAGGAGCGGGAGCACAAGAGAAAGAGAGAGAGAGAGAGAGAGAGAGAGCGCGCAAGCAAGGGUGGGCGGACAGUAGUGCACGAGAGCAUCCCGUCGCCACGAUAAUGCGACGUGCAGCUUCUUUGCUCGUUCCUUCUGAAUAAGUGCUUGGUGGGACGGUCCCUUACCUGCAGGGAUAUGACGUAAUGGCAAGAGAGGAGUUACGGAGCAAGAGACCUUUUAAGAUAUGGGACAGCUGGCGUAACGUAAGAAAGGGACUGUGUGUUAGCAAUUUCGAGGAACUGAUACACCAGGGUAAGGAGAAAUUGGGCGUGCCUCAGAACGAGAAUGUCUCCGUAGUUCUGGAAUCGGACGGAACGCAGGUCGAGGACGGCGAAUAUUUUAAAACCCUAGCAAAUAACACGAUCCUGUUGUUGUUACGGCAUGGUGAACGCUGGUGUCCAACUGGGGUCGACAUCAUACGCGCCGCGAUUUCGGCAAUUCCGAAAAUAGUCUGCGAAACGAUCCACGCCCUGGAGCUACACGAUGAGACGCCGUCGUGGAAGAUCAUGGACAAUAAGGGACGAGUCACGGUGGUGCUGCACUGGGAUCAGCGUUCAUCGACGUCGUCGCAGGCGCAGCAACAGCAGAAAGGUCAAGAUGUGCAGGCCUCCAAGUAUUCGCCGACUAAGAAAACCGACCUGAGCGGUAGUCAACGGCCGCCCUUGGUCAUCCAGACCAGCCUGGACAAGCUCAACUAUGCAGGGAAGCUGGGUCACCUGGCGGCAGAAGUUGGUCCUAGCCGCUACACCAGCCCCCAUAUCACUGUGAUAAAUCAUGACGACAUGCAGCAGCAGCAGCAGCAGCCGCAGCUGCAGCCGCAGCCUCAGUCGCAGCCUCACGGGAUCCCAGGCCGUCUGGUGAAGCAGGGUACCAACUCGUUCGACAGCACCACCAUCCAUAUCCACACGCCGGAAUGCUCGAACCAUAUUCAUCAGCCGGUAGCGAGGAACGGGAGCCCUGUCAACGGAGCGGACGGCGGUGCCAGCGGAGAAUGCGACUUCCAUUGUUGUGCCCUUCACGAGGAGGGCCGUAGAAUCGCGGUGCACAAGUCGGUGGCUACAUCGCCGAUCCAGGAUGCCCAGCAUCAGCAGUAUCAGCAGCAGCAUCAUCAUCCGCAUCCGCAGCAGCAGCAACAACAAACGCAGACUCAAACGCCCUCGCCUCAGCCACCUUCUUCUCUGUCGGACGGGACAAGACGAGCAGGCCUGAGCAAAGGUCACGUGAGAUUCUGCGACACCGCGGACGAGGAGUCGAGCUCCCGACUUUCCGGCAACUCGGCUGCCAGCUUUCAUCUUCAUCAUCAUCAUAAUCAUCAUCAGGAGCACGACAGCUCCGAAUCCGAGACCGAGAAUACGAUCAUGGAGGACGAGAUCGUGACCUCGGAGAAAUUUUUACUGCUCAUCGAUCAGCUCACCGUAGACCAGAAGCACUUAAGCAUCAAGGACAUCGGUAUCAUCCUCGAACGGCUCAGCUCGAAGAUCCUCGAUGUCGAGCGGCUCGACCGCGAGAGCGAGAGCGAGGAGUGUUACAACUGGACGAUUAAGGCUAUUAUUAGGGGAGACGUGUUGCGGGAGCUCGGAGUUAUUUACAAUGGAAAUUAUUACGCGAUCUCGGAGCAUCCUGGAUAUAAGGAGGAAUCCGAGGAGAAUAACGAAGAUAACGAGGAGGAGGAAGAGGAUAGACUUUAAUAUGAUGCUGUUUUACUAGAUAGAUAGAUAGAUAGAUAGAUAGAUAGAUAGGUAGGUAGGUAGGUAGAUAGGUAGAUAAAUAGAUAGAUAGAUAGAUAGAUAGAUAGAUAGAUAGAUAGAUAGAUUAUACACCUAUUAAUGGUUAUUAUUAACAUAGUACGUAUCGAGCUGCAGGAAGGGGGAAACGUUUAAAAGGGCGAAGAACGCGAAUGAAAAACACGGGAAAUAGAGGAAGGUUCAAUCGGCGGAGGGUCGGACGCACGAACAUUCUCAGAUUUUUUGAUAGAAAAUCGGGUUUGGGUAGGAAGGCCGGGGAUGACGAUAAACGAGCGGCAAACGUGAUUUUUUUCAAAAUGUUUUCAUAAUAAAACGAAGGUCGCGUUAUAAUAAAAAAAAAAAAAAAAAAAAUCGUACGCUACCUUGUAAACUUAGUUCUAAAAACGGUUGUUGAAAUAUGUACUUAUUAAAUAGUAUAUAUACUUGUAGGAAACAUUUUUGGGAUUACGGACGUUGACUCCGUAACCGUCCACAACACUGCCCUAUCUAAAGAACAAAAAAAAAAAAAAAAAAAAAAAAAAGCAAAAAAAAUUCAGACCUAGAGAAAGGAAAGGAGGGGAAUAAGAGGAGAACGAAACAAGAUAGAGACUCAAUCUGUUUGUGGCUGUCUGUCGAGCUGUUCUGCGUUGUUUUUCGUCCCGCUCGAUCUACGACGACGAACCGACGGAAACUAGAACCGAACUCUCGAUUGAACGUCGCGAAACACAAAUACGUAGAGAGGCAAAGAGAUAGACAGAUAGAUGGAUGAGAGAGGCAAAGAGUAGAACGACUACACUCGAUGAUCACGAACGGCCAAAAAUUCGUUUCUGAUCUAGCGUGGAAAAUGCGCCGUGUCAUUGAAAAGAAGAAUGCAGAUCCAGCAGAAAAAGGCACAAGAAAGAGAGAGGAAGAUCGAAAAGAAAGAGGAUAUGUACACCUCGAUUUAUUCGUCGUUUGUCAUCGAUGUAAAUUCUCCUAAGAUUCACGAGCAAAAUCGUGAUUUGCGUAGCAAGAGUCCCUUGCAGUCGGAAUCGGACUGCAUUCCACUGUGCCAAAGGAUUCUCGUUCCCCUUCGAUCGUCAGAGCGCGAGCCGUUUCAAUCGAAAGUCAAGCUACAGAUAGCCUCGAGAGUUUCGUUCGAAGGAGGUCGUUUGAAAUGAAAAUUUUGUUCCUUGUCAGUUUGUAAGAAACGAAUUAAAUCAACUGCCCGGCUCUCGCUAUGUAUAACACACGGUACACGUACUAUGACAUGCGACGCGUUGUUUCAUUCACGUACGUUACACACCAUACAUUAUACAUGCACAUACACAUAGAGACAUACGAAGUACAGUCGUCUAACACACAGAGAACACAUGCACGCGAUACGGUAUAUAGAGAAUACGGAAGACCUCAUUCAGGAUUUACGUUAGCGAUUACGCUACGAUAAGUGAUACCGAUACAUAAGAGAAUUAGUCGCGCCACGGACAAGUUUAUCCGGCGUACUCCGUGAAACUUUGCAAUUUUAAUAUAUUUCUAUUGUAAGUAUACUUGACACUGCGAACAAGAAUACGACGAAAAAUAUUCGAUAACGUAUGUAGCGAAGGCGUCGUGCAAAGAAAUCACACUUUAUACAUAACGUGUGUGUAUAUAUAUAUAUACAUACAUACAUACGUACGUACAUACAUAUAUACAUACAUACAUACAUAUACAUAUGAAUAUAUACCUAAAUUACUGCUCCGUAAAGAGAGCUUGGUGCUCGGGAUAAGAACCAACGGGGUAAAACUGCACGUAUGUGUACGUUGCAUAGAAAGAACAACGUUUGGUUCAGUUCGUUUGGUUUUCCGGGUGAGAGCCGUUUCCUUGUGGCAUGGUCUUCGCGUACCUCGUUCCGUCCUCGAUUUUCUCGCGCGUUACGUUUCUUGUAUCGACUAGGGGGCUAGAUGCGAGGGGAACUCGACCGAACGAGGAGGACGAAGCGUAAAGGUACGAAAGGCAACGAGGAUGAACGAAACAGCGAGAGAGUACAAGUUCGAAUGCGCGCCUGUGCGAAUCUUCCGUUAUGCGAGAACGAGUGCGUGUCUGAAAGAACGGAACGAGAAGACCAAGAAGAAGAAGAAGAGAGAGAGAGAGAGAGAGAGAGGGAGGAAAAGUGCGAGAAAGGGUAUAGAAAUAAAGGGAAAGAUGAAGAGAGAACGAGAUAAAACGAAGCGCGUCUUUUGUUGGGCGAAAUGUCACUUCUCUUCUCGUACCGACGGAUGCUCUUUUUUUUUAGUCUGAUUCAGUGGAACAGAGUGUGUUACAUGUGCUUUUAUGAAUUUAACGCUACACGACUUGUGCAUCUCCCGAGGGAUGUUUCUACCGUUCAGAACCCGUUUGCAGGUUUUUUCGUAUCGUAGUGCCACUUUAAAUAUUAAUAAAUAAAUGAAUUAUUAAAACUGAAUAAACAAACGGAUAAAUAAAUAAAUGAAUGAAUAAAACAAUAAGAAUAAUAAAGAUAUAAUAAUAACAACAACAACAACAACAACAAUAACAAUAAUAAUAAUAAUAAUAAUAAUAAUAAUAAUAAAAAGGAAUAAAAGGAUUGUUAUAAGUUGUAACUGUUGUUUUUGGUAUAUAAUGCAGGUACUAUAUACCCAUUGAAAACGAACAUGGGGCCUCCGUCAUUCAUUUACGCAGACCUCAUCCUUAAAUCCUUCGCGCGCUACGAGGCACACACGCGCCUUCUUUAUCGGAUUUUGCCCAGGAUGGCAUACAUGUUUUGCGAUUUUUUCCCGUGCUAGACGAUUCGCCCCGAAGCGAUUCCUGCCUUUUCUUUCUUUUUUUUUUUUCUUUUUUCUUCUUUUUAUUCGGCAUUCUUCGUUUCGAGACAAGGGAUCGAAGAAGAUCGAUCGUGAAACGGGAAGUCAAGCGAGGCUGACGGGGCACGCGGUUACGAAGGGGUGAGGAGAAUAGAGGACAUCGAGGCGGAGAAUAUAAGUAACCUCGCAUUACGAUUACCUCUGUAUAUCUGCAUAGCCGAAU